AUGUCCAGUGUUCAAGAGGAAAACACCUGUCGUAUUUGCCGAUGUGAAGGAACUGAUGAUGAUCCUCUUUUCUAUCCGUGUAAGUGUCGAGGCUCAAUCAAGUUUAUCCACCAGGACUGUUUGAUGGAGUGGUUAAACCACUCAAAAAGAGAUCCUGUUUGUGAUAUUUGCCAUACCCCAUACAAAUUCAGAAUUAUCUAUGACGAAAACAUGCCAAACUUUGUUCCAAUUCAUUUAAUCCUCAAAAAAUUUUUUAUCAAUCUUAAAAAUUUACUCCAUUUUUCAAUCACAAUAAUAGCACUAGUUCUCUUGGUUGUCUUUCAAAUUCCCGUUUUCUUCAAAUUCACCUCAAGAGUCUUUACUUGGAUUAUAGAUAGCAGGAAACCCUUCAAUUCAAAUCUCAAACUAUCCUUUCUAUUUGGCCAGUAUUUUCUAUAUCCAAAUCAUCGUAAUCACAACAUUACGAAUAUAAUUGCAAACCAAACAAUUGUCACUUUGGAUCAUGAAGCCCAAUUUUUAUCUACCUUUAAAUUCAACACUUUUUCAAACUAUCUUUUAUUUUUCAGAAAUACCUUUUUCAUUGGCUUCAUCUACCUUUUCAUCAUAAUUAUCAUCCAUAUCUUACUAUUUAUAGUUCAUGAAUGGAUAAGAAGAGACCCUUCUUUUUCAAAA